CUGCGGCGCCGGGUGAGCUGCGCGCGGGCGACCCUUUCUCCGCGCCCCCCGCCCCCCGUUCGGGAUCCGUUUCCCCUCUCCGGGGCCCAGGCCGCGGCGAGAGCACAGGAUAUAUUUUUUGCCAGCAUGGAUCGGUUUGACGAUAUAUCGGAAGGUGAAGUGGACCAUUCUUUCUUUGACAGUGACUUCGAAGAAGCGAAGAAAGGCGAGAGUAGCUCAGUGUUUGACAAGCAAGAGGAUGACACUGAAGAGAGAAUAGACAAAGAUACAGAAAAUGUAAACUUGAAACUUGGACUACAAAGAAAGGAAGAUGAUGUUACUGAGAAGGGAACUGAGAGCAAUGGGAAAACUCCUCCAGAGGAGCACCCUGCAGAAGAUGGUAAUGCACAAGCUGGAAAUUCUUCGUCCUCGACCACUCCUUCAAGAUCAAAAGUGUGUGAUGCUCGAGUAGAACAUAAAAUACGCUUGCCCACUCCAAAUAGCCUUCCGCAAGCUGUAAAAGACGGUGAGCACGACUACUAUACAGAUGGCGAGGAAAGCACUGAUGAUGAGAAAAAGCAUCAUGUCAGGUCCAAGUCAGCUAAGCUGCCGAAUAACUUCAAGAAAAGCCUAAGUAAAAAGUAUUCCAGAAGCAGUUCCUCUUCCUCUUUGUCCUUCUCAUCUUCAAGUUCCGAUACAGGCUGUUCAGAUACCGGAUCUGACGCAGGCCUGUCUGAUUCAUCUCCAUCACUGAAGAAGCGUCUCCCUGGCACCACCCACUUGUCACCCAAACUGAAAUAUAAACCAGGAGAAAAAUCACCAGGAGCCCAGGCUUCAGGUACAAAACCCAAGGUUGGUGAUGACACUGAAGAAUCAGAAGACACUGUGACCGAUGUCACUCCUUUAUCGACCCCGGACAUCAGCCCGGUUCAGUCUUUCGAACUGGGUGCCUCAAGCGACCGAAAAAUGAAAGUUAAAAGGCAAGAAAAUGUGAGGCAAGAAGUAUAUGAAACUGUUGAGGAUCUGAAAAAUAACUCAAAAUCUUUGAAAUCAGCCAAAAAAGGGAAGGAAAAACAUGAACCCAGUCUCACCUCAAAGUCAACAGCGUUGGAUUUCAGUUUGGACCACAGAUAUAAACAAAAAGUCUUACAUGACACAAUGGACCUGAAUCAUCUUUUAAAAGCUUUUCUGCAAUUAGAUAAAAAGGGACCACAAAAACAUCGCUUUGAUCAGCCUUCAGUAGCACCUAGAAAAAACUACUCUUUCACAAGAGAGGAAGUGAGACAGAUUGAUCGGGAAAAUCAGAGGCUUUUGAAAGAACUGUCGAGACAGGCUGAGAAGCCAGGAAGCAAGAGUAUGAUUCCAAGAAGAUCGACUGGUCCUCCCCCUAAGUUGUAUCAUAGUGCUCUCAACAGACAGAGGGAACAACAAAGGAUUGAAAGAGAAAAUUUGGCUUUUCUGAAAAGGCUUGAAGCUGUGAAGCCAACAGUUGGCAUGAAACGCUCUGAACAGCUGAUGGACUAUCACCGCAACAUGGGUUAUCUCAGCUCAUCCCCAGUCUCCAGACGAGUGAGGUCAACGCUCAGCCAGUACAGCUCACUAAAAGGAGCUUCCAGGACAUCCAGUGCUACCAGCGGCCUCAGCUGUAAGAGUGAGCCAUCUGCUUUUGACACAACAGGCGGUGGCCUGUUGCUAAGAUCUAAGCCCCAGAAUGUCCGUACAGCUUGGUUAUAAAACCUCUUUUUACUUUAAACAUUGUUCAUCCAAUUCUUAGUUGAAGUGCUCUUGUAUAAUGCUGUCAUUCUCUGUGUAGACCUCUAAACACUGGUUUAAGCAAUUUAAGGUGUACUAGCAGUGACUUGUAUUGUAAUUGGAUGCAAAAUUGUUUUCAAAAAGACAACUUAAUAUGAAAAUCAGUGUUUCCUGGGAGGAGGUGUUUAUAUGAGACAUGUAUAUAUUUCGUAGAGAAAUGGUGGUAUAGCUGUGUCUUUUCUCAACAUAGAAAUUGGUUCAACUAUUGGACUGAUGAAGCAGUUGUGAUAGCAUCCUGCAUGUUGGACCAAAAUGUUAGCUAUAUAGUUCUCAUUUAUGUGUUGUUUUGUUUUUAUUUUCUGUAAGUUUUAUACAGUGAGCGCAGCUCCUGACUGACUUGGUUUUCUCUUUGCUUCAGAACCUGGGUAGUGUGACUUAUAACUUGAUUGUAAGAUAGUUAUUAUGAAACUAAUCUUGAAAUUUGUUCCGAUUGGCGGCGCUGAUUUAGAUUUGAGGAGAAGACAGAAGCUUGCACUAGGGCAGUCCUUGUGAUUCACCAGAGGUGCCUACUACCUCUAUAGAAGUGUGCACUUAGUUAGAUCUUAAAAAUGUUAUCAACCGUUCCAGACCAUUUCAAAUUGUGAGUCUUAGAAAGCUCAAUUUAGAAGCUCCUCUUUUGUGUUUUUCAGGGGAAGUAGGUAAGGAUUCUGUUAGGUUUCUUUAGAGCUCCUGCAUUGUGAAUAGUUUGUCCAGUGUCCAGAUCCUCAUAAGCAAAAGCAAGUAUUUGUUGAAUUAGCAGACGAGCACCUCCAGCUUGAGGAUCCAAGAAGCAGAUCCCAAGUUGUGUCAGGACAGUGUUUUAAGGGGUGUUGUUAAUGGGUUGUGCUGUAUUCAGCGUUUAUUGUUUUAAGUGAGAGGAAGCGUGAAACAAAUGCAUUGUUCUCACCCCUUUUGUUUUUAAGGGCUGACAAAGAAAACUAAAGAGAUGAAUGAUAAAGGAGGAAAAAAAUCCCGUAUUUGUUGAGGCUACUUUAUAAAUGUCAGCCAAUUUUUUGGUUUUGUUUUGGCCUUUUGUAUUGAAUCCUGGAAGUACCAUUUUUGCCAGUUUCACUUUCUAAGACCUUUUGAAAUUAGUGAUGUGUGAGUAGGGUGUAAUAAAGGUGACUCUUAAAAUCAGUAUUUUCUCUGUCAAUCUGUAGGCUCUUGUACAACGAAGUAUAUCUUGGUCAUGUUGCUUCUGCUGUUCUAGUUAUCACUGUUUUCAUUACUGGCCUUUUGUAUACCUUAAAAUGUAUUGCUAAGUUUCUAUACUAAAUGCCAAAUCUGUCCUUUUUUUUUUAGUGUGAAUUUUUGAUCUGUAAACACAGUAAUAUUUGUUUUUUGUUUUUCUGAGUUGCUCAAGCUCUGUAGCGUGUACACCAAACUUAACUUUUCUUAAACACCUUCAGCGGUAAGCCAAACUGCAUUUUGCUAAAUAUCAAUUCAGAAUGUCUUGGUCUUAGUUUGUAUUGAUAGAUUUUGUUUCAGGUAGGGCUUGAGAAGGGUGGGGAGAAUGGGGUUAAAAAAUUCAUGGGAAAACAACCUGACCAUGAGAUUUUUCUGCUGCUUUCUUUGAGUUAUAAUGUUCAUUUGUUGUUAUUUGAUAUUCUGGUGUAUAGGUUUUUACAUCAUUUAGUGCUUUACUUUAUAAACUUUAGCUGUACUAAACCAAGGUUUUGUUUUCUAACUUAUUGCACUUUUCGAUGUUUGUGUAACAACCUGUCUUUAAGGAGAGAUAAGAUAAUGCUGAAUUUAAAAUUCAGCAUUUGAAUAUAUUCCCAGUAGUGAGUUAGCCAAUUUUUUAAAAUUGGUUUUUAAGUUGUUAGGGGGAAAAAGAAACCUUUUAUGUAAUAGCAUUAGUCUCUGAAUACAUUGUAUAUAGUCUUUGCUGCCAUAUGUCAUAUACCAUAUGGUACAAUUUUAAUUUGAUAGAUAAAAGCUGUACUUUUUUUUUCUUUGAUCUUAAAAAUUUUUUUUUUCUCUGUACUUUGAUUUUAGAUACUAAAUUAACACCUUCAGUUUUUACUACUUAGGCAGGGGAGUUUCGUCUAAGUAUUACUGUUAACAGAGAUUCAGCUUGAAGCAAAAGUCAGAAAGAACAACAAUGCUCCUCUUUUCAAAGAGAAAUUUACAACUGUUGUCAUGGUUAUUUUACAUUGAAAAGUAUAAGUAGAGGGGUAGGAGUUGAAAAAUGUGAUCUUCUCCGAUGUAAGUCAAGAUGCCUUUUAAGUUGUUAGGAUUUAAGGGGUAUUUUUAUGAAGAAAUCAGAAGUAUAUUAUUUUCAUUUUCAAAACAUAAAAAAUGUGAAGGACUGUCUAGCAUCACUUUAUAUUUGGUUCCCUUGUACCUAAGAUACAUAUUUUGAAAAUUUACAUGUGCAACUAGAAAUGAUACUCAUCUAAGGUCAGCAAUUACUAGGCAAAGUUCUUAUUGAGAGUUACUUCCAUAUCUGUUAAAUGUUAUACUGGUAUUGCAUCCUUCUUAAUAAGAUCGUAUGAAAAAUUUUGAAUUAUUAAAGUUAUUUCCUAAGGAUAAAAUUACCCUCAUACUUCCCCUGCUUCCUUUUUUUCCAGUCUCCGUAAAAAGCUGCUUUCUUAGCUACUACCCCAAAUAAACGUUUUCUUGUUUGCUUGUAAAUGUAGAGUAUUGUAGUUGUUUUCAGCCCAUUAACCCAAAUGUCCAAAAUGGCUAUCUAGGUAACUUUAAAAAGAGGUCACUGGGAUGGAUAUGUGUGUGUACUUUGAUCUUCAAAUUCAAAUACUGCACAGUAUGAAAAGUAUUAUGACCAAUGUAAAGUUGGGGACACAAGUUUAAGUUACUCUAUUAUUUUAAUAAUUCAUAAAAUGUUUAAUAUCUUAAAUGCCAAAGUUGGAACCUAUAUAAAUGAUUGUAAAUCAUCCAAGAAAAUGUGCUUAAUGCUCAUGACUACUUUAUUUGUAUGAAUAAAGAUAGUAAGAAACUUAAAAA